AUGAUCUCGAUCACCUACGAGGUCGACCGAAAGACCGACGUUGAACUUGUUCUGAACAAUCCGAAUUCCCAGCAGAUUGUUCUUGCUCUCUAUUUUAGCAACGGCGACAAUGAUUUUGACGACCGCGAGUUUGAUAACCCACCAUGUGUGGGCCGUUAUACCGUCCUAAGACCCAUCUACAACAACACAAACAACACACCUAUCAACAGCGAAGUACGCAUGAGAGUUUCAUCACGCAAGCUCAUUUGUGCCUCCCCAGUGUUUCGUACCAUGCUUCAAGGGCCAUGGAGUGAGGCCGCUCCAUGGCCAGCAUCUAUCCGUCAGAUCAACACGAGUGAAUGGGACGCCACGGCCUUGGCUAUCGUUAUGGACAUGAUACACGGGAGCUAUCGUGGCCUACCAAGAAACAUGAAUCUGAGUGCAAUGCACUCACACUAG